AUGACACAUCCUGGACCUCCAGGUCCACCCGGUCCUCCAGGGCCUCCUGGGCCUCCAGGACCACCCGGUCCUCCGGGGCCUCCUGGUUGACCAGGUGGAGCCGUUUUCGGGCCUCCAGGACCGCCUGGACCACCUGGUCCUCCUGGUCCCCCGGGUCCGCCAGGUCCUCCGGGUUUUCCUGGAGGAGCCGUUGUAGGACCAUUUGGACCUCCUGGACCUCCUGGACCCCCAGGGCCUCCUGGUCCUCCUGGACCCCCUGGUCCCCCAGGGCCCCCCGGACCGCCAGGACCACCAGGUGUUCCUGGGGGUUUGGUUGUGGUUUUUGCAGGCUUUCCAGGUUUCUUUGUUGGACCACCUGGGCCUCCUGGACCACCAGGACCACCAGGUCCACCUGGGCCACCAGGACCUCCAGGUCCCCCAGGUCCGCCCGGAGAUCCUGGUCGCUUUGUUGUUGGUCCCCCAGGUCCUCCUGGACCUCCAGGUCCGCCGGGUCCCCCAGGCCCACCCGGUCCUCCUGGCCCACCGGGUCCACCAGGUCCUCCAGGACCACCAGGACCUCCAGGGUUUCCUGGUCCACCGGGCCCUCCUGGUCCUCCUGGCCCUCCUGGCCCACCGGGAGAUCCCGGGCGUUUCGUUGGUUUCUUCGUAGGAACUGGUUUUGUUGUUUUUGGACCUCCGGGUCCCCCGGGACCUCCAGGACCCCCAGGGCCUCCAGGACCUCCUGGUCCUCCUGGUCCACCAGGGCCCCCUGGGCCUCCAGGACCGCCUGGUUUUCCUGGUGGCUUAGUCGUGGGUGUUGUUUUAGGUACUCCUGGUUUUGGUGGCUUUGUCUUUGGUCCUCCUGGGCCUCCUGGUCCGCCUGGUCCUCCAGGUCCUCCAGGACCUCCUGGUCCCCCUGGUCCCCCAGGACCUCCAGGCUUCCCAGGUGGUGGUUUUGUGGUAGGCCCACCAGGACCUCCUGGUCCUCCUGGGGAACCUGGACGUUUUGUAGUGGGACCUCCAGGUCCUCCAGGACCUCCUGGACCGCCAGGACCACCUGGUCCUCCGGGGCCGCCUGGCCCUCCAGGGCCACCUAAAGUUCAGAAUAAUUUAGUGAAUAUUUUGUGCUUUGUUGGUCCUCCUGGCCCACCAGGGCCACCGGGUCCUCCAGGGCCUCCUGGACCCCCAGGUCCCCCUGGUUUUCCUGGACGCUUCGUUGUGGGUCCUCCAGGACCUCCUGGACCUCCAGGCCCUCCUGGUCCCCCAGGUCCUCCAGGCUUGCCAGGUGGCUUUGUUGGCUUUGUUGGUCCUGUUGGUCCACCUGGUCCUCCAGGUCCUCCAGGUCCACCAGGUCCACCAGGUCCUCCUGGACCUCCUGGACCUCCUGGAGUACCAGGUGGUUUUGUGACUGGUGUUGUAGGCUGUCCUGCUGGCGGCCCUCCAGCUCCCAUUGUACCUGGCCCUCCUGGUCCUCCAGGUCCUCCAGGCCCACCUGGUCCUCCUGGUCCUCCAGGACCUCCUGGACCUCCAGGUCCUCCUGGCCCUUUUGGCCCCCCUGGUCCACCUGGUGUACCUGGGCGUUUUGUUGGUUUGGUUGGUUUAGUUGGUACACCAGGUCUAGCAGUUGUUGGUCCUCCUGGACCUCCAGGUCCCCCAGGUCCACCUGGUCCACCAGGACCCCCAGGCCCUCCAGGUCCUCCGGGUCCACUCGGCCCUCCUGGUCCACCUGGUUUACCCGGGCGUUUUGUUGGUUUGGUUGGUUUAGUUGGCACCCCAGGUCUGGCAGUUGUAGGUCCUCCUGGACCCCCAGGUCCACCGGGUCCUCCAGGUCCUCCAGGUCCGCCAGGACCUCCUGGUCCUCCGGGUCCUCCUGGACCCCCUGGUCCACCUGGGCGUCCUGGGCGUUUUGUUGGUUUGGUGGGUUUGGUAGGCACACCUGGUCGUGCAGUUGUUGGACCACCUGGGCCUCCAGGACCCCCUGGGCCUCCAGGCCCAAGACUCGUUCCGUAUCACAAACCUGGUCCUCCUGGGCCACCGGGUCCACCAGGCCCUUUAGGGCCUCCUGGUCCGCCUGGAGUGCCCGGUUUCCUUGUGGUUGGCUUUUUCGUCGGCACACCUGGCCUUGGAGUUGUAGUCUUGGGACCAUUUGGACCUCCAGGUCCACCUGGACCUCCAGGACCACCGGGCCCACCCGGACCUCCUGGGCCUCCUGGACCGCCUGGGGUUCCGGGGCCUCCUGGUUUUCCAGGCGGCUUUGUAGUAGGUCCUCCAGGUCCUCCUGGACCUCCAGGACCACCAGGUCCUCCUGGUUUUCCUGGUUUCUUUGUUGUGGGACCGUACGGACCGCCAGACGAUAUCAUUGACACAUUACCUCCCGGCCCUCCUGGUCCACCAGGUCCUCCAGGUCCUCCUGGGCCACCGGGUCCUCCAGGUCCCCCAGGUCCCCCUGGUCCUCCAGGGCCAUUGGGACCACCAGGUCCACCUGGUCCUCCUGGACCACCUGGCCCUCCAGGUCCUCCAGGACCUCCUGGACCCCCAGGCCCUCCAGGGCCACCAGGUCCCCCAGGGCCUCCAGGACCACCAGGACCUUUUGGGCCUCCCGGACCUCCUGGUGUACCUGGUUUCUUUGUUGGUUUAGUUGGCUUUGUUGGUGUUCCCGGACGGCUUGUUUUGGGUCCUCCUGGCCCUCCGGGUCCUCCAGGCCCACCUGGUCCACCUGGGCCUCCAGGACCUCCAGGUCCACCGGGCCCUCCAGGUUUCCCUGGCUUCUUUGUUGGCUUAGUAGGCCCUCCGGGACCUCCAGGACCUCCUGGACCUCCAGGACCUCCAGGCCCUCCAGGGCCUCCAGGUCCACCGGGUCCUCCAGGUUUACCAGCUCAAGUCGUACCUGGUUUCUUGGUUGUUGGUCCGCCUGGUCCACCGGGACCACCUGGGCCUCCUGGGCCGCCAGGCCCUCCUGGACCUCCAGGUCCCCCAGGGCCUCCAGGCUUACCUGGAGGCUUUGUUGUUUUCCCUGGUCUUGGGGUUGUCUUUGGUCCUCCAGGUCCACCGGGCCCACCUGGACCUCCAGGACCACCUGGUCCUCCGGGACCUCCAGGGCCACCUGGGCCACUAGGUCCUCCAGGUCCGCCGGGUCCUCCAGGUCCUCCAGGUCCACCUGGUUUGGGCCCUCCAGGACCUCCUGGGCCGCCUGGUCCACCCGGUCCUCCAGGCCCACCAGGACCCCCGGGACCACCAGGACCACCUGGACCACCUGGUUUUCCAGGUUUACCUGGGCCGCCUCUUUUCGGUGUUGUCUUAGAUACUGCAAUAACAACAUGCGAAUUGUUAGAAGUCCAUCAGUCAAUCUUCAGAUGCAUAGGAUUUAUUACUCAAGAGUAUCCUUUCUAA